AUGGUGGCUAAACAGAGGAUCCGCAUGGCCAACGAGAAACACAGCAAGAACAUCACGCAGAGAGGAAACGUGGCCAAGACGUCAAGAAAGGCCGAGGAGGAGAAGUAUCCUGUGGGUCCCUGGCUGCUUGCCCUCUUUGUAUUUGUUGUGUGUGGAUCAGCCAUAUUUCAGAUUAUCCAGAGUAUCCGUAUGGGGAUGUGA